AUGUCUAAUCCAGCUUAUUCCAAUCUUCUCAACAAUGGAUUUGACAAUACAAACUUCAACAGUUCCACUUCUCGUUCUUACAUUUACAACUCUCACAACUGCUUUUAUUACCCUAAUACCACAAACCCUAAUUACAUGGCUCCUACUACUUCCACUUUCCCUAACUCACCUCCGCUUAGAGAAGCUCUUCCUCUCCUUAGCUUAAGUCCCAUAAGGCACCAAGAACAACAAGAUCAACACUAUUUCAUGGACACAGAUCAGAUCAGCUCUUCAAAGUUUCUUAGUUAUCCUCAUGAUGUAACCGUGGAUCUUCAUCUAGGGUUACCAAACUGUGGUGUUGGUGGGAGCUAUAUUGCUCCUGAUGCAACAACCGAUGAGCAAGAUGAUGACCAAGGAGUAGAGGUCACAGUUGACUUCCACCUUCAUGAUGAUGAUGAUGGAUAUCUACACAGAGGUCAUCACUACUGGAUCCCUACACCUGAUCAGAUUUUGAUGGGACCUACACAGUUCUCUUGUCCUAUCUGCUUCAAGACAUUCAACAGAUACAACAACAUGCAGAUGCACAUGUGGGGACACGGCUCACAGUACAGAAAGGGACCAGAGUCCUUAAAAGGAACACAACCAACAGGAAUGCUAAGACUACCAUGUUACUGCUGUGCACCAGGCUGCAGGAACAAUAUUGACCACCCACGAGCCAAGCCUCUCAAGGACUUUCGAACCCUCCAAACACAUUACAAACGAAAACACGGGUCUAGACCUUUUGCUUGUCGCAGGUGUGGCAAAGCCAUUGCAGUGAAAGGAGAUUGGAGAACGCAUGAGAAGAAUUGUGGUAAGCUUUGGUAUUGCUCUUGUGGCUCCGAUUUUAAGCACAAGAGAUCUCUUAAGGACCACGUCAAGGCUUUUGGAAAUGGUCAUGUUCCUUGUGGGAUUGAUAGUUUUGGGGGAGAUCAUGAGGACAACUAUGACGCUAGCUGCUACUGAUAUCGAGUAACAUGACGAUGAU